UCCGUUUAGGGUUUUCGUUUCAUCUUCUCUUUUCGUCGUUGCUGUUCGGCUUCGUUGCUUCGCAGGAGUUGCUCUUCGGCUUCUUCGUUGCUGUUCGACUUCGUUCCUUUGACGUCUUUCCCUUACUGUCGGAUUGGAAGUUAAGACAUUUUGAUCGGAACCAAAGAUGGGAGCUCGCUGUCUGUAAAGGCACGGGAGCUCGCUGGCUGUGAAGGUAACUUUCUCCCUUUCGCGCGCUUCUUCGGCCAAAUCCCGUAAAACCGCCGAACUAGAGGAUUUAGUAAAUCUGCGAUUUACGGCAAAAAGAGGGAAACGGAGGAUUUAUUCCGCCGGGAGAUUUAGGGGGCGCUCAAAUCCCGUUUGGCAGGAUUUAGCAUAAAUCCUGUUGCCAAACAGCCUCCGAGGCAUUUCCAAUCAUGUCAAUGUCGGAUUCCGACUUCUCGUCCGGUGGGGAUUACAAGAAUUUCCGUCAGAUCACUCGCGACCGGCUUUUAUAUGAAAUGCUUCGACCAACUAUGUCCAAAGACUCAAACGCAAGAGGGAAGGUACUCAUCAUGGAUAAGCUUACUACCAAAAUUAUGUCAUGUGCUUGCAAACGGUCUGCGAUCCAUGAGGAAGGAGUUUCAUUGAUGGAAGACAUUAACAUGGGAAGGCAGCCAAUGCCGUCAAUGGAUGCCAUAUAUUUUGUUCAGCCUACCAAAGAAAAUGUAACCAUAUUCAUGUCUGAUAUAUCAGGGAGAUCACCUUUAUAUAAAAGAGCAUAUGUUUUUUUCAGUUCCCCUAUUUCUAAGGAACUAGUCAGUCACAUCAAAAGUGAUGGAAGUGCAUUAGCUCGCAUAGCUGCAUUGAGUGAGAUGAACUUGGAAUAUAUUGCCAUUGAUGGUCAGGGCUUUAUUACUGGCCAUGAGAGGGCUCUAGAAGAUUUGUUCAGUGAUAAUGCAGAAAUUUCACAGGCUCACAAUGCCUGUAUCCAUAACAUCGCUUCACGUAUAUCUACAGUUUUUGCUUCAUUGAGGGAAUUUCCCUAUGUACGCUACCGUGCUGCGAAGUCUUCUUUAGAUGCUUCUACCAUGACAACUCUUGGUGAUUUGAUCCCAACAAAGCUUGCUGCUGCUGUCUGGCACUGUCUUGCCAGGUAUAAGGCUAAGAUACCGGAUUUUCCACAAAUAGAGACCUGUGAAUUACUAAUUCUAGAUCGAUCCGUAGAUCAGAUUGCUCCUAUUAUUCAUGAAUGGACAUAUGAUGCCAUGUGCCAUGAUUUACUAAAUAUGGAGGGAAACAAAUACGUUCAGGAGGUGCCUAGCAAAACCGGGUCAACCUCUGAAAAGAAAGAGUUCCUUUUGGAGGAGGACCAUGAUCCUAUCUGGCUUGAACUUCGGCAUGCACAUAUAGCUGAUGCAAUUGAAAGGCUGCACGAGAAGAUGUCUAACUUCAUAUCAAGAAACAAAGCUGCACAAAUCCAUCACAACUCAAGGUAGUUAUCACCGAAAAAAGAUUUUUGCA